CUAUGAGGAGCUCGCUCUCCUUUGGCGAGGAGGUGGGAGCUCCUUCUCCGUCCUACUUCUCUGCCUUCUUCUUUCGCUGGAGAAAAAGGGGGCUGCAUGUUUGCCGCCCCCCCCCCAGCACACGUGAACUACUAACAGUUCUGAGCCAGCAGGAGAAGUCUGAACCAAGCCUCACACUCCUGGAAAGGAAACCAGCCUUUGUCCCAGGACUCUUUGAAGAAGAUUUUGCAGACUUAUCUUGUCCUGAGCCGAACAGAGCACCCUCUCAGAAACCUGUUCCUCCUCACUUGUUCUCCACCUUCAUGAACAGCCGCACCAGCGUCUGGACCAGGUCCUUUCGCUGGAUUCUCUCCUCUUCCUCCCACAUCCCAGCCAGUGGCAGUGAAGAUUUAUUUCCGACUCAUUUCAUAGUCCUGUGGGCUGCAGCAGUGGGUUGGAGAUCCAGGCUCCUCAGUGUGAGGCCCGCACAAUCUCCAAGGAUGAGGAGGAGACACAGGGUUGGCAUACGAGGACAUUUCUAUCAUUCAUGCUCACUUAUCUCUGGCCAAGACUGGUCGCCUGAUCAGGUUAACUACAAGGAGGGUGGCGGGGCCUGGUGUAUAUGAGCCUUCACACCUCACAAGAGAGACCAGAGAGAAGAUAAUGGGGAGAAGAUACUUCAGACUAACUAUUGUCAUUAAAAGCCAUCCCACUAAAUAAGAGGGACAAACA